CAUUUUGCUGUUGAGAAAAGCGCGCGCGAAUUUGUAAACAUGGCGCGAAAAUUGUUGUUACGUGAAAUAAAAGAAUUUAAAUCUGUUAGAAAAUUGUCAGCAAGUGUGAAAUUGAAUAAAAAUGAGGAAUUUAUUGUCAAAUCGUCGAUUCCUGAUGUAGUAGUUCCAGAUAUGAAGUUUUUAGAUCGGCUCUGGAUUGAUUCUCAACGAUGGAAUAGUAACCACAUCGCUCUUAAAUGUGCAGAAACAAAGAAGACCUAUACGUUUUCAGAAUUAUGGAAGUAUACAUCGGUAUUUGCUACAUCGCUCCGGAAGAAAUUGGGCUUACAAACGAACGAUGUUGUAGCAGUGAUGUUACCUAAUUGCCCUGAGUUUCCUGUCGUUACCUUUGGGUCGCUGCAGGCGGGAUGUAUUGUAACUACAAUCAACCCUAUAUAUAAAGAAAUGGAAAUAGGCCACCAAGUGGCGACAACAGAACCGAAAGUGGUUGUCACUAUUCCUGAAUGUUACGAAAACCUGAGGAAGGGUCUUCAAAGCGUUAAAAGUCAAGCAAAAGUUGUUCUAUUAGACCGACCAAAUAUGUCCUUACCAGAUGGAGUAAUUCGGUUUUCUGAAAUAGCUGAAAGUGGAGAGGCUGAUCACGCUAUGUUGGAAAAGAUUGAGAGGAAAAAGGAUGAUAUUGCUUUUAUACCGUUUUCUAGUGGUACAACUGGUCUCCCUAAAGGAGUUGAUAUAACACAUGGCAAUCUCUUGGCCAGUAGUACUUUGAUGAGUCAAAAGCCUAAUGACUUCGCGCUGAUGGCUGAUGCAAAUUAUCAGGACAUAGUGCCCUGUAUUCUCCCAUUCUUUCACAUAUAUGGUUUGGUGGUAACCUUAAUAGGGCAUAUAACCAAGGGCUGCCAAUUGGUGACGAUGCCGCGUUUUUCUCCGACUACCUUCUUCGAUGUUUUGAAGAACGAUAAACCGCAUCUCUUGUAUGUGGUGCCGCCUAUUGUGAUUCUCUUGGGCAAACAUCCCGACGUGAAACCCGAACAUUUUACAAACGUUCGUAGGAUUAUAUGUGGUGCCGCACCGCUAGCGUCGUCUGAUGCAGAUGCUAUACUGGAAAAGAGUAACUCAAAGUUAGCGUUCGGACAAGGUUUCGGUGCGACAGAGACGUGUUCGCUAACAACCACCACGUUUAUAGACACCAAGAUAGAGGACUACUCCUCUUGCGGCGAGCCCAUGGUCAAUGUUGAAUUGAAAUUUGUAGACCCACUUAGUGGGAAUGAUGUGCCUGUUGGAGAAUCAGGAGAACUGCUAGUAAGAUCACCAACAUUAAUGAAAGGUUACCACAAAAACGAGAAGGCCACAAAGGAAUCAAUUACCGAAGAUGGUUUCUUCAAAACCGGAGACCUUGGAUACUACAAGCCUGGUGUCGGAUUGUACGUUACUGAUAGGAUUAAAGAACUUAUUAAGGUCAAGGGUAUGCAAGUAGCACCGGCAGAAUUGGAAAGUUUACUCCGAUCGCAUCCAGCCGUUCAAGAUGCUGCCGUUAUUGGUGUACCCCACGAAUACCACGGCGAGGUACCAAAAGCAUUUAUUAUAAAGAAGUCGGGUCUCAGCGCGACCCCUGAGGAACUCCAAGACUUUGUAGCGAGCCAAGUGGCCUCUUUUAAGAAAAUCGAAGAAGUUGUUUUCGUUAAUGAAAUCCCUAAAACUAGCACAGGAAAGAUUUUAAGGAAGGAUUUGAAAAAAAUGUACGCUUAAUUAAAUAAUAUAUGAGUUUCAUACGAGAGACUGAAUCAAAAGCUUGGAUGAAAUCAGUUUAUUGAAGUUCAAGAAAAUCUAUUUUAAGUAUUUUAUAUUCUAGUAUGUCUUGAAAAGUCGAAGCUGAAGUUAAUUAUAUUAAAGGGAAAAUUAAUUACAAAUUGUUAGUUUGUCGUUUUUGCUAAUAAUAUUUUAAAAGGUUAUAAAUCCGUCCCAUACAAUAACCUUUAUUGGACUGAAAUUUGAGAUGGAAUGUUCGCGUUGUGCCUUUCUAUUGAGUAUUUAUUAUAAUAUAUGUACUUCAUUAUUUUGAAAUGUUUUUUGUUAUAAAAAAACAUUUACAAAAAUAAUACUUCUACUUGUUGUAGUUACCAUGUCAUUAGAACCUUCUCAAAUUUCUAUGAUACACGUAUGCAUUUUUAUACAACAUAUAUUUGUUGAAUAUACAAGCCAUGAUUUAUAUAUUAUUAUAGUGUUAUAUCAAAAUUUGUAAAAAUGUA